AUGACUACGACGGUACCCAAGAUAUUUGCGUUUCACGAGUUCUCAGACGUGGCAGAGGCCGUAGCUGACCAUGUAGUCCACGCGCAGGAUGGUGCAUUGGCUCCAAAGAACGAGAGAAAACAUUCUGUAACUAACAUCAGCAUGAAUGCGCUAGAUAUGACCAGAGAGGCCUCUUGCAAAAGCACAGCAUCCGCCGCAGAAAUCAAGAGUGGUAGCAGUGGUAGUGGCAGCGGUAACUGUAAGCCCAAAAAGGAGAAACGGUUUAAGAUUGCUCUCUCCGGUGGGUCAUUGAUCCAGGUGCUACACGAAGGUCUGCUUAAGCGAGACGAUGUACGGUGGGGGGACUGGGACAUCUACUUUGCGGACGAGAGGCUUGUACCCUUUAGUUCGAAUGAAAGCAAUUAUGGAUGCGCCAAAAGGAAGAUUUUGGACCUGAUAGACACGGCGAAGUAUGGAACUCCGAAGGUGUACCACAUCGACGAGUCACUGAUUGGCGAUCCGCAAGAAUGCGCUGAUAACUACGAAAAGGUGCUCAUUCGCGGGUUUGCCGGUAGAGAUUCCGUCAAACUUCCGAUGUUCGACUUAUUCCUGCUUGGUUGUGCCCCCGAUGGUCAUAUCGCAUCUCUCUUCCCUAACUUCCAGGAUAAUCUGCGUGAGAAACUUGCAUGGGUUGUGCCUGUGGAAAACGCACCUAGUGGGCCUUCGACCAGAAUUUCGCUGACUAUACCUGUGAUCUGCCAUUCUCACAGAGUUACUUUCGUUGUCGAAGGUGCCACCAAGGCGCCCAUAAUCAAGACCAUUAUGGAAAGACCUGAAAAGGGAUUACCUAGCAGUAUUGUCAACGAAGGUGCUGCUGGCCGUGUAUCGUGGUUUGUUGAUGACGACGCCCUCACAGACGUUCUCGUCACCAAAAAGAAGUAUAAAUUCCACCCAGCUUAG